UCGAGCUACUCCCGUUUCAAACCUUCCAUCACUAGUAGAGGCGACACUGACUACUGAGCAAACUAUAGAGCCGUUAUUAUGAAUGCCAGUAGCUAACAAGACGGUUUAAUUCACAUUUCGUCAGUGUUGGUAGGUAUAACUUCUUAUUAGCUGACUAUUACAGACUUGAUCACCCUCUUCAGGUGUUGGUGUGAGGCCCAGCAGAGCCUCUCAUCCUCAACCACUAGGUCAGGACAAAGAUGUCUAGACAUGUGUGUGGCCUCCUACUGCGAACUGCCUGCAGCACCCAUUACCCUAUCUCUCCCCAGUGGCCCAAUCUGACCCAACGAGCCCGCCUCUCCUUGAACAGUUCUGGGUCUAGGUGUAAAUCUGGGGUCACCGUGCGUUUCCUCUCCACUCGAGAGGACCUGGACUUCCAGCUCAGCCGGACCCAGGUCAACAGCAUCCUGCGAGCCAACGAGCAGUCUGUGAGUGUCCCUGAGUUUGAUGGCCGUGGUCUAAGUACUGUGAGGAAGUUUGAGAGCAACCAGGUGGCAGCCAACACCCCCAAUGAGGACCGCCGCAGUGCUGCCACCUGCUUACAGACUAAGGGCAUGUUGUUCGGGGUGUUUGAUGGCCAUGGUGGCUGGGCAUGUGCUCAGGCGGUCAGUGAGCGCCUGCUUUACUACGUGGCAGUGGCCAUGUUGUCCCAGAGAGGGCUGGAGGAGCUGGAGCUGUGCAUGGAGCGGAGCCGACCCCUCCCACCAAUCCUACAGUGGUACAAAAGUCGUGGAGAUUACAGCUACAGUGAAUCAGCCUCACUCUAUGUAGAACACCUCCGUGUCUUCUGGCAGGAGCUGUUGGACAGUCAGGAGCACUGUGAAGGAAUGAGUCCUCCUGAUGCUCUGGAGUAUGCAUUUAAGCGCCUGGACACAGACAUUUCUCUGGAGGCCCAGGUUCCACACUCCAGCGGCCUUAUGAGGGGCACAGCUAUACAGGUGGCGUUCGCUGGUUCCACAGCCUGUGUGGCCCAUGUAGGCACUGAGGGGAUCUAUGUGGCGAAUGCAGGUGACUGCCGCGCAGUGCUGGGGGUGCAGGAGGAGGACGGGUCGUGGAGUGCCCUGCCCCUGUCCCAAGACCACACUGCCCAAAAUCAGGCUGAGCUGGAGAGGCUGCGAGCCCAGCACCCCCCGUCGGAGAGGGACACUGUGGUCAUGGAAGAUAGGCUGCUAGGGAUACUGAUGCCUCUGCGUUCAUUCGGAGACGUGAGAUUUAAGUGGAGCCGUGAGCUGCAGCAGAGUGUUCUGGAAAGCCUUGAGUCUGGAGUUGACCUGGACACACUUAACCUGUACCAAUACACCCCGCCCAACUAUCUGACCCCACCCUACCUGGACGUUGUGCCCCAGCUGACCUACCACAGGCUACGACCAAAGGACCGCUUCCUUCUCCUGGCUUCUGAUGGGCUGUGGGAUGAGAUGACAUCAGAGGAGGCGGUACGGCUGGUGGGAGAACAUCUCAGUGGGAUUCACUUUCAGGCUCCCAUCUCCCCCAGUGAGAGACAGUUUAACCUGGGCCAAAUGCAGGAGCUUCUGCUGAAGCGGCGUGCCCGCGCCAUGCCCAGCCUGGACCCCAAUGCUGCAACUCACCUCAUCAGACACGCCCUGGGCACCGGGGAUUACAGAGAGCUAUGCCAAGAGAGACUAUCAUCAAUGUUGGCUCUGCCUGAGGACCUGGCACGCAUGUACAGAGACGAUAUCACUGCUACUGUUGUGUACUUGAACUCUGACCUGGUCAGACAACACAGCUAAUACAGAUGGACCUACACAAAGAGACCAUAACCUCUGGGGUUUAUCUUAA